AUUGGCGAUGAUGAACAAGGUUACGACCUGGACUUGUUCUGCAUACCUAAACAUUAUGCAGAUGAUUUGGAAAAAGUCUAUAUUCCUCAUGGGCUCAUCAUGGACAGGACGGAGAGACUGGCACGAGAAAUUAUGAAGGGCAUGGGAGGACACCACAUUGUAGCACUGUGUGUACUCAAGGGCGGCUAUAAAUUUUUUGCUGAUUUAUUAGACUACAUCAAAGCACUGAACAGAAACAGUGACAAGUCAAUUCCCAUGACUGUCGACUUUAUUAGGUUGAAGAGUUACUGUAAUGACCAGUCAACUGGAGAUAUAAAAGUCAUUGGUGGAGAUGACCUCUCGACCUUGACUGGAAAGAAUGUUUUGAUCGUAGAAGAUAUAAUUGAUACUGGUAAAACAAUGAAAACAUUGCUGUCUCUACUUAAGCAAUACAAUCCCAAGAUGGUGAAAGUAGCCAGUUUGUUGGUAAAGAGAACUCCUCGAAGUGUGGGAUAUCGGCCAGACUUUGUUGGAUUUGAAGUGCCAGACAAAUUUGUUGUGGGAUACGCCCUAGAUUACAAUGAAUACUUUAGAGAUUUGAACCAUAUCUGUGUGAUCAGCGAGACGGGGAAGCAGAAGUACAAAGCCUGAAAGCACAGUUCAAGUGCUAUGACAGCAGAGCUUUGAAAUGUUUUGUUUACUGAGUCCUAUCUUUCACAGGCUGCAACUCUGGUACACCAGCUAAAAUUGUAGAAUGCCCCAGCCCCAUUGUCAUAUGCUUACUAUAAUUUAUUGCAUGUACAAUAUAAGAGCUCGUCUAGUUCAUUUAUAUUUUAGAAAUGUAAACAACUAGUGCAGUUCUGCACUCCUUAUUUUGAUUUGCACUAUGACUCUGCUGACUAUUGCUGCCCCUGGUUGGGUUGUGCUGUUUGUGAGCUCCUGAAUCUAACUCUUGCAGUGGUAAAUUCUUUAAACCUCAUCAACCCGGAACUGAAAUGGUUCAAGUACUGUAAAUGUAAAACAUUUUAUGAUAGGGAAGUCUAUUAGUAAUAUUUUUUAAAUCUGUAAUUUAAGUUUUAUAUUUUAAUGCACAGAUGUGAUUGUGAUUAAUGGAUAGUUACAUCUUUGGGUGUUACAAAGCAUGAGGAGCAGCCAGUUACAGUAUCUGUAAUCUCCAAGGAGCUUAUGCAGAUCUCCUGGAGUUGCCUUAUUGCUGUAAAGGAAGUCUGGGUGGAAAAUGUUGUCUUUUUUUUUUUUUUUUUUAAAGGAGAUGGAGUGACAAAAUGUUUAAAAUCAAGUUUUAGUUGGGCUGCCUGUUAUUGUUGGGUUUUUUUUCCUCUCUAAAAAUAUCCAUCAGUGAGUGGAAUUGCCUUUUAAAUUUAAACAAUUUUAAUAUAUUUGUGAAAAAGUAUUGUAAUGUUUACUUUAUAAGAUCUACAAAACAAAGUACUAUAAAUAAAGGCUGUCUCUUUAAAAUAA